CUUUGAUCUGAUCUGUUUCCUGCCCACAGCCCCGCCGGCCAUCGAAGCGACAGCUCCAGGAGCCAGUCCAGUCCACUGCGCUGCCGUCCGAUCCGCCAUUCCAACAAAGCUCGCAUCCUGUCCAGCAAUCCCGCUCAACAAGAUCGCCGAACGCACCCCGCUCAACCCGUCCGCCUGCUCUGAUCAAUCCGUCCAACCCGACACACUUCCACCAGAUCGUCCACAACAGCCGCAGCCAUGGAUACAGCCGAGCCCCUGACUUCCCUGACCAUGUCGGCCAUGGCCCUCUCCAAGGUCUUCAAAGACAACACGGGCAAGAUCACAUCGCUGGACUUUGACUCAUCGGGCGAGUAUCUGCUUACCUCAUCCGAGGACGAGUCGGUCCGGAUCUACGACGUGAAACAGGGCAAACCCACCAAGACGGUCUAUAGCAAAAAGUAUGGGUGCUCGCUGGCCAUGUUUACCCAUCGGCACACCACUCUGCUUCACUCCUCGACCAAGGAAGACGACACGAUUCGGUACCUUUCCCUUCACGACAACAAGUACAUCCGAUAUUUCAAAGGUCAUAAGAAUCGCGUCGUGAGCAUGGAAAUGUGCCCCUCGGACGACGGAUUCAUCUCGGGGGCGGUCAAUGAUUCUGUCCGAUUAUGGGAUCUCCGGUCAGCCAACUGCCAUGGUUGUGUCAAUAUCGUCGGAAAUCCCGUAGUUGCUUAUGACCAAAGCGGGAGUGUCUUUGCCGUGUCGCUCGACUGGAAGAGAGGGAUAUACCUAUACGAUGCCAAGCAGUAUGAAAACGGUCCGUUCAUAACCUUCCAUGUAUUCGAUGAGAACCUUGGCAACGUUAUCCCUGAAAUUGUGGGCCUCGAGUUCAGCAACAACGGCGACCUGCUGCUGGUGUCGACCAAUGUGAACGCCAUCUAUGUCCUCGAUUCGUUUGAGGGCAAGCUCAAGUUCAAGCUCACAGGCCAUUCCAAUCCAGACCGACUGCCUCUGAAAGCCAUUUUCACCCCGGACUGCCAGUUCGUGAUGUGCGGAUCCAGCACCGGCGGCAUCCAUGUCUGGUGUGCCAACACUGGCCGAGACGUCGGCUGUCUCGAUGGCCAUAUUGAUGUGCCAGAGUUGAUCAAGUUCAACCCCAAAUAUCUCAUGUUUGCCAGUGUCGAUAGUAGUCUGGGCUUUUGGACCCCGCCCCCACAAUGACGUCGCAAGUGCUGCUCGACCACUGCUGUCCGAGCGGGAUCACGACGCCGUCUGCCACCAUAUCAGUCAAGACCAGCGAUCCAUUCUGCCACGCCUUCACGAGCAACCGAGGCACCAGAGAUCAUGGCUGAGGGCCGCGAUUCAUGAAUGGUGGUUGCCGAUGAGGACUCCAUUGCGCCAUCGCACCGCUGUUGCUGUCAUGCUCAUCCUGGUUGGAGUGUCCAUGUUCCGACAUGUCCUUGGUGCCUGCAUGGCCUUGAUGCUGCAUGUCCGUGAUGCCCAUGAUUCCCACCAGUAGAGCGGCUCGUUGCAUACGGAUUAUUCUCAUCCAAAAGCAGGGAUUCCGCUCCCUCUGUGAGCGAUGUAAUACAGCAUGUUGAAGUAACAAUGGGACACAUCAUCUCGUUCG